CCAUCCACUGGCACAAGCUCACAGUUCAGUUACGUACAACAGCAGAAGUGAGAGAGGGAGAAGAAGAUAAGCGAAGAGGAGGAGCUUAGCUUGCCAGCCAUGGCUAGGCGCUCUCCUUGCCUCACUGCCGCCGUGCUCCUGCUUGGGGCAUUGGCGGUGGCGAGCGCUUUAGUUGAUGAAGCGGCGGCAGCUGGCCAGGGACUCGGCCAUGGCGCCCGCUUCAUGAGCAAGCAGGGCCGUGCGAUGUACGAGAAGCCGCCAGAGCUGGAGCCGAAGCCGAAGCCAAAGCCAAAGCCUCAUCCUAAGCAUGAAUCAAAACCGGAGCCAAAGCCAGAACCUAAGCCGGAGCCAAAGCCAUACCCAGAGCCGAAGCCAGAGACGAAACCGGAGCUAAAGCCAGAACCAAAACCUAAUCCAGAACCUAAACCUGAGCCUAAGCCUGAACCAAAACCAGAACCAAAGCCAUACCCAGAGCCGAAGCCAAAGCCCAAACCGGAGCCAAAGCCAGAACCAAAACCUGAGCAUAAACCUGAACCAAAACCAGAACCAGAACCAAAGCCAUACCCAAAGCCAAAGCCAGAGCCAAAACCGGGGCCCAAACCCGAGCCGAAGCCAGAGCCUAAGCCACACCCAGAACCGAAACCGGAGCCCAAACCAAAGCCAGUGCCACACCCUGAACCAAAACCGGAACCAAAGCCGGAGCCCAAACCACACCCAGAACCAAAGCCUGAGCCGAAACCCGAGCCUAAGCUACACCCGAAGCCUGAGCCAAAGCCACACCCAGAGCCUGAGCCUAAGCUUAAACCUGAACCAAAACCAGAGCCAAAGCCAGAGCCUGAACCGAAGCCCGAGCCAAAGCCUGAACCAAAACCAGAGCCUAAACCAUAUCCAAAGCCAAAACCGGAACCUAAACCGGUGCCGAAGCCGAAGCCCAUUCCACACCCAGGACCAAAACCAAAGCCUAAACCUGACCCAAAGCUAGAGCCCAAGCCACACCCGGAGCCAAAACCACAUCCGAUGCCUGAACCUGAACCAAAGCCUAAGCCCGAACCAAAGCCAGAGCCUAAACCAUACCCAGAACCAAAGCCUAAACUGAAACCUGAACCUAAGCCUGGACCGAAACCUAUAGCACCGCCGAACAAGCACAAGCCGCCGCACAUGCCACCAGCGACAAACCAGUGACGGCGAUCGCUGGAGACCGAGCAUUUGCUGGCUGCACGGUUGAGGCACCGACGACAUUAUUUCACCCGAGGAAGGAGCGCUAGCGAGUCACUACACUGUACCGUUUCUGGAAUAAAGUGAUGAGCUAGCUUUCUGCUUGCCUUUUCUUUUCCUCUCUUAUUUUCCUUUUAUUUCAUGUUGGUUUUUCGGAUGUGCCACUGCUAGCUAGUGUAAUUAAAUUAUUUAUUAUGUGCCUACCGUCAUUUUUAUUACCGUGUCUGUGACAUUCUAUUGUCUAUUGGCAUUAUUCUCAUUGUAAAAUCUUUUGGUAAUAUUAUUUGUCAUCAUUUUUACCCA